CAGUCUCCUGAUCUCAAUAGAGUGAAGAUCCAAGUAUCUCUUUGUCAGCUGGCACCGUUCUCUGCAGGACUGCAAUGCUCCAGGAGCCCUGGCAUUUUCAUAGGUUUGAAUUAAAAUGUACUAGUUACCCAGGAUGGACUGAGACUGAUUACCUCCCAUUCUCAACAUUCUCUUCCAAGAUAUUCCUUUGUUGGUCACUUCUGGUAUUUCUUAGCUUCCCACGUCUUGUAAACACUGUUCCAUACAAAGUGGGAGUGGUUGGACCCUGGUCCUGUGACCCAUUAUUUUCUAAAGCUUUUCCAAAUGUUGCUGCCAAGUUAGCUGUUGAACGCAUCAACAAAGAUGCAUCUUUAGACCUUGGACUUUUGUUAAACUAUGUGAUUCUUGAAGAAGAUUGCCAAACCUCAACAGCCCUUUCAACCUUUCUUACAUACUCUGGGGUGGCUUCAGGGUUUAUCGGUCCUUCCAAUCCAGGGUAUUGUGAUGCUGCUACUUUAUUAGGCAAGAACUGGAACAAGGCUGUAUUUUCUUGGGCUUGCAUUAACUAUGAGUUGGACAAUGUAAAAAGUUACCCCACUUUUGCCAGGACGCUCCCUUCACCCACUAGGGUACUUUUUAAUGUGAUGAAGUAUUUCCAGUGGGCACAUGUUGGGGUCAUUUCAUCCAAUGAAGAUAUCUGGAGGGACACUGGCAGGAAGGUAGCCAAUGCCCUCCGUAGUAAUGGCUUGCCAGUGGGAAUUGUGGUUGCGAUGGGAGAGAACAAAAAGAGCGUCCGAGAAGCUUUGGAAGAAGUCCGCAAGGUUGACAACCUACGCUUGAUCAUUAUGUGCAUGCAUUCUGUCUUAAUUGGAGGAAAGCCACAACAGGAGCUGCUGGAAAUCGCUCAUGAACUGAAAAUGACAGAUGGCACGUAUGUGUUCAUCCCAUAUGACACACUAUACUAUAGCUUACCUUAUGGAAAACACACAUAUGAAAUGCUGAAGCUCAAUUCCAAACUCAGGGCUGCCUAUGAUGCUGUAUUAACGAUAACGGUAGAGUCGGAGCAAAAAACCUUCAUCCAAGCCUUCCAGGAAGCGAAGGACAGUGGAGAACUGGUUACAAAAUUAAUGCCCAAUGAGGUAUCGCCAUUAUUUGGAACCAUAUACAAUGCAAUAUAUUUCACUGCUCAUGCCAUGAAUAGCAGCAAGAUGCAUGGAUCCUGGGUGUCUGGAACCACUUUAGCAAAGUAUUCUAAAAACAUGCGAUAUUACGGCUUUAACCAGUGGAUUAGGACAGACCUCAGAGGGAAUGGAUACACGGACUAUGUCAUCCUUGAUACAGAUGUAAGGACCUGUGAGUUGCAUCGCACCUACAUUGUGGACAUGGAAACAGAUAUGGUCCGUUACAUGGGAAGGCCCAUUCACUUUCCAAAUAGUGUCUCCCCAAAGUCAGACUCAUACUGCUGGUUUCAGGAUGGAAAAAUCUGCACUGGAGGUAUUGAUCCUGCCUUUGCUUUGAUGAUCUUUUUAUGCAUCCUCAUUGCCAUCAUUACCAUAAAUGGACUUGCUUAUGUUAUAAGACGCCGUAUUAAUAAAAUAAAAUUAGUUAGAGGGCCACACAAAAUUCUCCUGACCUUGGAUAAUGUUACGUUCAUUAAUCCCCAGUUUAGUCUCAAGAAACUUAGCAAUGACGGCAGUCGCACGAGUGACAGUGCACAGAUGACAUCAGAUACAAAGAGUAUGAAGUCACCAAUGAGGUCAGGUUCACUAAAGAGCCUUACACCAGCCACCUAUGAGAAUUCCAAUGUAGCAAUAUAUGAGGGUGACUGGGUGUGGUUGAAGAAGUUCCCUUUCGGAGACUUUGGGGACCUUAAACCUGGAACAAGCGACGUCUUUGAAAUUAUGAAGGACAUGCGUCAUGAGAACAUCAAUCCUUUCCUUGGAUUCUUUCAUGACUGCGGAGUAUUUGCCAUUGUCACAGAGUUCUGUUCCAGAGGUAGUUUGGAGGAUCUUCUACGGAAUGACGAUGUCAAACUUGACUGGAUGUUUAAAUCAUCUCUUCUGUUGGAUCUUAUCAAGGGCAUGAAGUAUUUGCACCACAGAAAGUUCAUUCAUGGGAGGCUCAAGUCACGGAACUGUGUAGUAGAUGGUCGUUUUGUGCUAAAAGUGACAGACUAUGGAUAUAAUGAGAUUUUGCAGACUCAGAAAAUCCCUCAUGAUGACCCAUCAGCAUAUGAGCAACUCUGGACUGCCCCGGAAUUGCUGAGGGAUCCGCAUGCAGCUCUGCAUGGAACGUUCACUGGAGACGUGUAUAGUUUCUCUAUUAUCAUGCAAGAAGUAGUGGUCCGUGGACCUCCAUAUUGUACUCUUGAACUGUGUGCAGAAGACAUCAUCCAGAAGAUAAAAAAGCCCCCUCCUUUGUGCCGUCCAAUUGUUUCUCCGGAUCAUGCCCCCAUGGAGUGCAUUGUGCUCAUGAAGCAGUGCUGGAACGAAGUGCCCGACAGACGUCCCGUCUUCGAUGAAAUAUUUGAUCAAUUUAAAAACAUCAACAAAGGGAAGAAGACAAAUAUCAUUGACUCAAUGCUGCGUAUGCUGGAGCAAUACUCAAGCAACCUGGAGGAUUUAAUAAGGGAGAGAACCGAGGAACUAGAAAUAGAAAAACAGAAAACGGAAAAACUCUUAACACAAAUGUUACCUCCAUCUGUGGCAAAAGCUUUAAAAACCGGCUGCACGGUGGAACCAGAAUGCUUUGAUGACGUUACACUGUAUUUCAGUGAUAUUGUGGGCUUCACCUCUAUAUCAGCUAUGAGUGAGCCCAUUGAGGUGGUGGACCUUCUCAAUGACUUGUAUACACUGUUUGAUGCAGUGAUAGGAAACCAUGAUGUAUAUAAGGUGGAGACUAUAGGAGAUGCAUACAUGGUUGCUUCAGGUCUUCCUAAGAAGAACGAGAAAAGACAUGCAGCAGAGAUCGCAAACAUGUCUCUCGACAUCCUCAGUUCAGUGGGCUCCUUUAAAAUGAGACACAUGCCUGAUGUACCGGUCAGGAUACGUAUAGGCCUCCAUUCAGGUCCUGUUGUAGCUGGAGUAGUAGGUCUCACCAUGCCAAGGUAUUGCCUGUUUGGGGAUACAGUAAAUACUGCAUCACGUAUGGAGUCGACAGGGUUACCUUAUCGAAUCCAUGUCAAUCAAAGUACUGUCAAAACACUUCUCUCUUUGAAUGAAGGCUACCUUUUGGAAUUACGAGGAAGAACAGAACUGAAGGGUAAAGGUAUUGAAGAGACCUUCUGGCUGGUUGGAAAAGAAGGUUUUACAAAACCGUUACCUGUUCCGCCAGUGAUCAAGUCAGGGCAAGUGGGGCAUGGUUUGCUGCAGGAUGAGGUAACCGCUUUCAAAAGAAGAAAAGCAGAAAAGCAACUUGCAAGGAAGAAUAACUGAGGGAGGAAAUACCCUUCCGAGAUUUCAAGCGAAUCUUAAAGACAGCGGUGAAGAAAAUAUCACAGGUUCGACAAAUAACUUCCCUAAUGACACCUGAAACAGAAAGUGGAUGAAUGCUGCUGCAGAUGGUGACCUUAAUCUUCUGGAUUAUACCAAGUCUCAAUCGGUUAAGAAGGACACCUUUUGGGAGGUCAUCCUUAACAAGAUUUGUACGUUACACCAGAUAAACCAGCCCUAGGUGGAUUGUUGCAAUGCUAAGAAGAAGAAAGUCUGCAUUUUCCAUUCCCUGUAAACUAUGAACUAUGUAAAUGUUUAAAUGUGAAACCUACAGACUACACCAUUGUGAUUAUGGGUCCGGAAAGUCAAUAGAUUAUCCCUCACACCAUUUGAGAAGCCUGCACAGAAAUGCUGUGUUGCGCAAUGACAGGUAGCUACCUGGGAAAGGGGCUAUAUCAGGAAACCAUUAUAUGUGUGAGCUUAUGCAAGCAAAACAUGGUUUGCAUAUUCCCUGGGUAUUUAUAUGUAUGUAUAUUUAUCUUGACUUUAAUAUCUUCUAGGAUGAAUGCAAAUAUUUCCAGUGUAUGUUCUAGGCAAAUAAAUUCUAGUGUACCAA